AGAGAAGAUUUUUAUUAAUUGAAACACAAAAUGGAGUCAUUUGUCGAGGAUCUAAAGCUUCAAGUCCAGUGUUCUCUGUGUAAAGAGACAAUGUUUGAACCUAAGUUGUUACAAUGUUUUCAUACAUUCUGUAAGACUUGUAUCAAGACUAAUACACAACUUGAUGGUCAAGUCAACAUCUUCAAGUGUCCUCAGUGUGACUCAUCAACCGAGCUCAAAGAACUCAACGACGUGGAAGACUUAGAGAUCAGUCCCAUACACUCAAGAAUCUUGCAAGUCUUGUCAUCUGUUGAAAACCAGAAAGUUUGCUUUGUUUCUGCCAGCCAUAGCGAUGCAUUGUGGCAAUGUCUUGACUGUGAUCGCUCGUUCUGUGAUGAAUGUUCAACCAGUCAUUCUAUAUUCACUAAAGACCACAAAGUUCUUGCGUUGUCUGAGUUAACAAAUGAAGACAUCAAGGCUAUGCUUAACAAAGAAAGUCCUUGCAAAACACACGCCAACCAAGAUGUUGAAUGGCACUGUCGAGACUGCGACGAGCUGAUCUGUGUGAAAUGCUUGAGAGAAAACCAUCACAAUGACCACAAGAUAACAUCACUACAGGAGUUUAUCACUGCUAAGAAAGAUGUUCUGUCUAAGAAUCUCCAAGAAAUCGAAAAAAUGGAUAUUGACGAGAAAGAAAAGAAACAACAAGAACAAAUUGCACUUGAUAUCAAACGUGACGGAGAAAAAGCUCAAGAACAAGUCAAGAAACUAACCAAAAAGCUUGUGAAAAAAAUAAUUGAUCACGAGCAAAAACUUUUGAAUGGAAUUCAGAAGAGCAUAACGAAGGCUGACAGGAAUUUACGCAUAAUACGUCACACUCCAGCAGCACAAGAGUACAUCAAAUACUUCAUACAAAAUGGAACAGCAAGUGAAAUCAUUGACCUCCGAUCAGACGCAGAAUGUUUGAAAACGUUCACCUACGACGCAUUUGAAAAAGAUUUUGGCGAAAUGAAAUUUCAACCCAAUGAAGAACUUUGUGAACAAGUGGAUACUGGUGUAGGACUUGUGCAAUCAUUCAAAAAAGUCGACGCAAACAACAGCUCAUUAGCAGUCGAACCAAACUCCCUGAAAUUGGGAAGAACAUUUGAAGCUAUGGGAAAAGGCAGUUUAACGGUGACACUUAGAACCUAUAAAGGUGAACUUUGUGACCCGCAACUGGAUGACGUUACAGUACACAUCACUCCUGAAGAUGACGUGACAACUGGAGAGAAAGAAGUGACUGCUGACGGCAAGAUCAAAGUAAUCUUCAGUCCACAUGUUCCUGGUCAGUUGACAGCAGAGGUUCAAGUACAUGGAAAUCCAGUAUCCAACAGUCCACUAGUGAUGGAUGUCAAACCACAACACAUUAAGGAAAUGACCACAAAGUCAAAGCUGAAAAACGCAUUGAAUACAGGAUCAAAGGAAUUUUCAGGUAUUGCAGUAAAUAAACCCAACACUAAGAUUGCUGUAGCAGACUCGAAGAAAAACUGUGUCAGAGUGUUCAACAUGGAUGGGGAUUUGCUACUGUCAUAUGGUAGUAAAGGCAGUGGAGGGCAGUUUAAGCAUCCACAAGGUUUAUCAUUUCUCGAUGACACAGAUUUAGUCAUAGCUGAUUGUAAUAAUCAUAGAAUAUGCAUAGUGGACACAACGUCUGGUAUGCUUGUUAGAACCUUUGGUUGUCAAGGCAACAUGGAUGGCCAGUUCAACGGCCCACGUGGAGUACAUGUUGAUGAUGAUUCUAACAUCAUUGUGUGUGAUCRWGRYAAUCAUCGCGUUCAAGUGUUCACAAAGAAUGGUGACUAUCUAUAUCAGUUUACAAUACCAGGAGAAGACAACCCAUAUGAUGUAGUUAAACACAAUGGACUGUUUUACGUCAGUAUUGAAGAGUCAGUGGUACACGUGAUUGAGAUGAAAGACAACCAGUCACAAACUACAGUAAACACUAUUGGUGGGGAGGACUACACAGAUGGUCGGCUGCACGAUUCUCUUGGUCUAGCUAUUGACAUUGACAACAGUCUUCUGGUGUGUGAUUUUAAAUCUAUGAAAGUUUUUAAGUUUACAUUAGAUGGUCGCUAUGUUGGAGAGACAAAUGAGCUCAAUUUUCAGCCUCACUACAUAGCAGUGAAUGACGGACAGAUUAUUUGUAGCUCAUAUUACACUGGUGCUGUACGUUUUUAUAUUUAGCUUCAAAGGUAUAAUCUCAGAUUAGCAUUUUUUGCUUCGCAAUAGCCAAUAAUAACAAAAAGAUAUGAUAUUUUGCUGAAUCAUCAUUUAUCAUACAGAAAUUUAAAAUUUAACAAAACUUAUAUUUCGGUAAUCUUUACUAUGUUAUUGGAACUAAAAUACAAUAAACCAAUCAUCACUAAUCUUCUGUUGUACUCACCCAGUCAUCUCAACUACUUCACCCACGGCACCGUGUGUCCUCCUUCUCUUCAGUAUAGGAAUUUUCUGCAAUGAACCUGAGAAUACAAUUGUCAAUUAACAAAUGAUGUCAGGAAUUAAUAUAUCUCAUAUCUAAAUUUUGUAGCCAAGUUUGACAGAUAUCAUUCUUGUUGUUGAUUCUAGCUAACAAAGGUAAUUUUGAAGGCCUAUCUACUUUUAUUCGCGAAAACAUUUGCGAUCAUUCUUUUUUUGUAUGCCGAGAUUGGCUUUCUGAUUUGCUCAAAAACUAUCCUACAAGCACGCGUGAUGAUGAUCCUUUGCAAAGAAAAAAAAAACAUUUGAAAAAAAAAUGAAUAAAAGUUAAAACUGAAAUUGAAAUUGACUAUACUAGAUCGUCCAUUAGCUCUUCAAUUUUGCCGUGUUCGUUUUCAUUGGGAAUAAAGCCAAAACGUCCUCGGAUCCAUACAUGAUGCGACCCUUCAUUCAAACAACGAUGCAGUGUCUCUUUAAGGAAGACAAUCUGAAUACCCAACUUUCGAUAUUCUGGUUGAAUGGUCACGUACAAAAGAAUUGAAGACGAGGCUCCGAGGAAACAAAAGAAUUAUCCAGAAUAUCGAGAGUAGACUAUCUGGUCGGACAGCUAUAGAGUGGUUUCCUCAUAAGAUCAAGGUAUACCUACUAUAUCGAACAAUA